UCCGGAUUCCAUUUGGUGUUGUUGCUCCCCGGACUGGGGUACAUGCAUGGAACCACGGCCCAUGAUGGGACAGCUAUUCUCGGAGACAAGCCGCGCAUAGGGGCAUAGCUACAGGGGACCGUACAACAGCCUCAUCAAUGAUAUUAGCACAGGUCAGUGGACAUCGGACGCUUAAGUACUGACGACCUCUGUAGAAGCUCUCAAACCCAACCCACGAACAUCCUACCACACUCUCCACAAGUGCCCAUCCCCAUUACCACCGACCGGUAUGGCGUACCAGCCCGGCUACUCCACACCAGUGCCCCAGCAAGUGCAGGCGAACCCCCAGGUCGGCAGCGCGAGGAUCACAGGGGCCUUCGAGGGCAUGCAGUUCAAGAUCGACAACCGUGACACCAACACGAUGCUCUACUUGCGGCUGCAGCCAGGCUACGAGGUGCUCACGAAGCCGGGGACGCUCGUCUCGAUGGAGGCGGGCGUGCAGGUCAAGGGCAAGAUGAACUUCAGCUGGAAGAAACUCUUCACCGGCGGAGAGCUGACCUUCGCGCACUUCUUCGGGCCCGGAGAGGUUGUGGUGGCGCCCGAGACGUGGGGCGACAUCGCACAGAUCCAGAUGGACGGCAGCACGUCGUGGCACUACGGGAAGCACGCGUUCCUCGCGUGCACGCCCGGCAUCCAGAUGUCCACCAAAGCGCAAAGCGUCGGCAAGAUGCUCUUCUCCGGCGACGGCCUGUUCGUCGGCGAGGCGCGCGGCGCGGGGCUGCUCUUCGUGCACGGCAUGGGCGCCGUGAUCGCGCGCGAGCUGCAGCCGGGCGAGCAGUGGAUCGUGAACAACGACCACCUCGUCGCGUGGAACUGCCAGUACGGUAUGGAGAAGAUCCAGGCGGGCGGGAUCAUCUCGACGCUCCAGAGCGACGAAGGCGCGGUGUGCCGGUUCACCGGCCCGGGCACGGUGUACAUCCAGUCGAGGAGCCCGCAGCACCUCAUUAACUGGAUCGAGGAGCACCUCCCGCAGCGGAGCGGGUCGUCCUGAGAGUUUGAGCGUGCUGCGGGUAGAUAACUCUGAGAACGUUGUCAGUCGCUGGGUGCGCGGGAUGUUGGUCGACUCGCGCGACUGCAUCGUCUAGGUCACACUGUACCAUCAAUUGCAUGCAACACUUUUUCGCCAGAACGCAUUGCUAGGUGUAUGUGCUCGCGAGUCGCCCUCCGCCAGAUGCUUUGCGCCCGCGGUCGCGCUGCAGCACAUGAUGAUUUGCUAAGUUGGCCUGUUUGGCCUAGAUGGAGGCUCGGGCUCGG